ACUUGUAAGUUACGCAUACAUGUAGUUCAUGUAGGCCUAGUUGAAACAGGUUGUGACUGCUUUGAACUGGUCAAAAAGAACGUUUAGCAUUCAAGAUGAUGACCGAAAUUUCUUUCAACAUCAACGAUGGAUACCUGGAGGGUCUCGUGAGAGGAUUCAAGGGUGGAAUUUUGAGGCAGCCAGACUAUCUCAAUCUUGUUCAGUGCGAAAUUUUAGAAGAUCUCAAGCUACACUUACAAAGCACAGACUACGGAGGCUUCCUGCAAAAUGAGCCCUCCCCUCUCACAGUGUCCGUCAUGGAUGACAAACUCAAGGAGAAGUUGGUGGUGGAGUUCCAGCAUCUCAGAAUCCAUGCCGUGGAACCACUGUCCAAGUUUCUCGACUUCAUUACUUACAGCUACAUGAUCGAUAACAUCAUCCUGCUGAUCACCGGCACCCUGCAUCAACGGUCCAUCUCAGAACUCAUCCCUAAGUGUCAUCCGCUGGGUAGCUUUGAGCAGAUGGAGGCCGUCAACGUCGCCACGACGCCGGCCGACUUGUACAAUGCCAUCAUUGUGGAUACGCCUCUUGCCCCAUUUUUCCAGGAGUGUAUCUCGGAGCAAGAUCUAGACGAGAUGAACAUUGAGAUCAUCCGUAACACACUGUACAAGGCCUAUCUGGAAGCUUUCUAUAAUUUCUGUGAAGAUCUGGGCGGAGCCACUGCGGAUGUCAUGUGCAGCAUCCUGGGGUUUGAAGCCGACCGCCGUGCGUUCAUCAUAACCAUCAACUCAUUCGGCACUGAACUGACCAAGGAGGAUAGGUUUAAGCUGUACCCACGCUGCGGUGAGCUGUAUCCGGACGGCCUUGCUGCACUGGCGAAGUGUGAUGACUACGACCAGGUCCGAGCGGUGGCUGACAACUACGUGGAAUACAAGCAACUCUUUGAUGGAGCAGGGACCAACCCAGGGGACAAGACUUUGGAAGACAAGUUCUUUGAGCAUGAGGUUAAGCUAAACGUGAACGGCUUCAUGCAGCAGUUUCACUACGGAGUCUUCUACUCCUACGUCAAACUCAAGGAACAGGAAUGCAGGAACAUUGUCUGGAUCGCUGAGUGUGUCGCUCAAAGGCAACGAGGCAAGAUUGAUAACUACAUCCCUAUUCUGUAAUGCUACAUUCCAAUUUUCACCACACACAUACACACUGAUCACACAAAUCCAUUUAGAUGCUUCCUAUUUUAGUCAGGUUCCCCUCCUACCUGCAUGUUUGCGUAAGGUCGGUGUCUGGACAUCAGACGUUUUCAACCUUGUACUGGUUGGACUUUAGAACAGGUGUAGUCUGUAAGUGGAAUUGUUGUCAAAUUGUCAGUUUAAUGAAUAAUUCUGUAUUUUCCCCUCGACCAACAUGGCCAUGCCACCAGCAUGAGUUUUACAAAAGAGAUUAAACAUGCAUUAAAUGUUCUGUCUAUGAAAAAAAUACGAAUUUUGUAUUUUUCCCCUAAUUACCAGACAAUGCUUACCCUACUGCAACUGGAAAUUCACCAAUUGUUAAACGUUGUUUAAUUUUUUUUUUAACAAACACAUUAAAACAGAUAUAUUGUAUGUUUAACUGAAGUACAAAAGUUAUUAUUGUAUUACUUAACUGAUAGAAAAUUGAUCAAUGUCUUUUAUUUUGUUGCAAAGGAGGUAUGAAUUGUUGUAAAUAUGUAUGAAUAUAUAUGAAGUUAUGUAUAAAUAUUCAUGAAAUAUUUCAGGCACUACUCCCAAACUUGUCUGUUUUGGUAUCAAAAUUAAAUUUUAAAGUUUUUUGGUUAAUAAACUGUGCAUUUAUAACCAAUUGAGAACAAUUUCAAUGAAUACAUGUAAGUAGUGCAUUGCAACUACACUCAACGCAAAUAGUGUUUGUAUUAACGAUGAGUCAACAGUACCAUGUUGUAUGGAAUGGACACUGCCAUAUCAAAGAUGCAAACCUGAAGUUACGACACAAGAUAACAGAGCCUAAAUAUUUUGUUCAAACAUCAGUAUUAAAGGAACAAUGAGUCAUUCCAAAGAUUCAGAUAAGACAAAGUUUAAUCCCCAUUUCAUGUUAAAUCUCCAAGCAUCUUUUCUCAUGAUGUAAUACACAUUUUCCCAUGUAACUUGAAGUUGUUAUGGAUAAACCAAUGUUUGAACAAAAAAUAAUCUUUAGAAAGGAUACCAAGUUUAAAAAUAUUCGUUCUGUAGACUUUGACCAAGAAAUAGUUGUUUUGAAUAAGAAUGUAUCGUUUUAUAAGUACUUGUUUGAUGGAGAUAAAAUUGAAGGCAGUACUAAUGUUUUGACUGAAGAAAGAGAAGAGUUCAAAGGUGAACAAUGGGGUGUUCCUCAUCCAUGUAGUCUUCCUCCCAAGACUGCUUAUAAUUUUUAACCUAAUAGUCUGCAACACAAGUAGCAUAAAGCCUGCACAUUGUUCAUGUAUUAAACUACAAGGCUACCGGAACAAAUCAACAAUGGACAUCCUAUAUUAUGGUGCAGUGCUAAAAUUUGUUUUUGCUGGAAAAAUAAUAAAUUUACUGAAAGUAUACUCAAAACAUGUGACUGUCAGAAACAAGGAUUUGUUGAACUAUCUAACCCCAUGGCAGACUGGCAUAGUUUCAAUAUGAUACAAUUUGGGGGAUUUGGGAAACAAAUCAUAUAUCUUUUUUAAAUUUGAAAAAAAAAAGCAUAUCUGGUACCGUUAAUUAUGUUCAGUUGGAUGGUUAUGUAGAAUAUUGUGCUCUGUAAUUCAACUCUACUUGUAGAAAUAAAUGUGAAUACAUGUAUACAGCAAUCGACAGAUAUAGAAUGGUUUAUGUAUAAGUGAUUGUUCAAACCAUCCCCAACAAAAGUUAAAUAUUUGUAAACUAUUGGCUGUGACUCAAAAAAGUCAGAAUAAAUCAUGACAUUGAAUCGGUUACA